UUUAUUUCAGACAUACUGGCAACCUUGAAUCAUUCCAUAACCAUAUCCUCAUGUAUGCACCUAAGCGGCAUUCGUAUUCGUAAGUAUUCUUUGUGAUAAAAUUCGAUUUUCAAUAACUGCACAUUUUAUACAUGUACAAUAAUAUUCUAUUUAUGAAAUUUGCUGUUUUGGUGUAAUGUACUCAGGUGAAUAAGAUGUUUGUGUGAUGUUACUCUGAGUGUAUAUCCACACCGGGGAGGCUUGAAAAAUAUGCCUGGCCACGGUGGUCAUAUUCCAAAGGUCGUAUUCCAAAGGUCGUAGGUUCGAUUCCCACCGUGGCCAGGCAUAUUUUUCAAGCCUCCCCAGUGUGGAUAUACACUCAGAGUAACAUCACACAAACAUAUUCUAUUUAUGUCUCAUAGGUUCAUAGGGUACACAGUGCGUAAUCUCUUGGCAGCAAUAGACUAUAACAUGCAUAGAGAAAGAAAGGUUGCCACAACAGCAGAUGGCAAAGAGAGGUGAUAUUAAUCAUUGUUAGAAAAACUGCACUAUUUAAUUCAAUUACUAACAUACUGAUACAGUUAGUUCUUAUACUGAUUAAUACAGUUCAUUAUUUAACAAAAUUUUAAUCUCAAUUCUAAAUGUUUCCCAUAGGACAAGACGUCAGUACAGUAAGCGUACAAAGAGAUGGCGUCCAGUCAAAAUCCUUGAACCAAAGAAAUAUACAUACAUCCCAGGUCUGAUCAAGAAAGUAUUUGAGGAAAGAGCACUUAGUAGUGGUGGUGUAAACCGGGUAAUUGGUUUAUCUCCUGAUGAUCCCAGAAAUGUUGCUCAUAACAUAGCAGCAGUUCCUGCCCCAACAAUCAAUUCCCUAAUUGAAUGCCACAAAUCAAGAUUUACGUGAAUUACUGUAAUGUAUUGCUCUGCCUAAAACAUACUGUAGCUGCUGUAUUCAGGGUUCGUGCUACUCGUUGAAGUCCUUAAAUACUACUUGAAUGAAUUUCUGACUUGCAAGCUAGGGU